UUGAACAAUGGAGCAGGGAGACCAGUUUGACCUCUCAGACUCCGAUAGUGAAGCUGAAGAGGUUGAAGAAGUUGACAAAAAGACGUCUGUAUGUAAACGACAGCUUGUGGCAGCCAUCGAUUUCGGCACAGCUUACUCGGGCUAUGCAUAUUCAUUCAAACAUGACUGGACUAAAAUUAUAACACAACACUGGCAUGGUGGGGAGUAUUUAACACACAAGGCACCAACUUCACUUCUACUUAAGCCUGAUGGUUCGUUCUUUAAGUUUGGAUUUGAGGCAGAGAAUGAAUACGCUAGACUGUCGGAAGAUGAUAACCAUAAGGAUCAUUAUUUCUUCCGCAGAUUUAAGCUGAUUUUAAAGUCAAAGCUAACAGAGAGAGUACAUAGAAAAACAUUUUGUGUUGAUGAGACAGGGAAGGAAUUCAAUGCUCUGCAGAUAUUCACCUAUUGUAUCCAGUAUCUGAAAGACCACAUGCUGGAAAAUAUAAACAAAAAAAUUACAGGUGAAAUCAAAGUGAGUGACAUUGAUUUUGUCAUCACUGUUCCAGCAAUAUGGGACGACACAGCAAAAAUGUUCAUGAUAGCAGCUGCCCAAACAACAGGGAUAGAGAAGGAACAACUGAAGAUUGCCCUGGAAUCCGAGGCCGCCUCCAUUUAUUGUCAAUACAUGCACCUGGAAGGAGACAAAGCCCCAGAGAAAGCUGGGUUUAAGGAUAAACUGACAGCAGGCUUUAAGUACAUGGUGAUAGAUCUCGGAGGUGGUACUGCGGAUAUCUCUGUUCAUGAGAGAGCUCCAGAUGGAGGCUUGAAGCAGGUCAUUGUGCCAAGUGGAAUAAGUUGGGGUGGAACUAAGGUGGAUGAUGCAUACCUUCAAUUUUUCUGUGAUCUCUUUGGGAAAGAAAGCAUGGACCAAUUUAAAGAAGAAUGCAUGGAGGAUUAUUUAGAUUUAUUCAGAAAAUUUGAAGUCCAAAAGCGAUCUGGACCAACAGCAACAUCUGAUAGUAUAUACAUCAGAAUUCCACUGUCACUUUCUGAAAUCCUUGAUGAAAAGGAUGGAAUGGCCAAAGCUAUUGAAUCAUCAAAAUACAAAGACAUUAUUUCUUUUGACAAGAAAACUUUGAAAUGCAAGGUCCCAUAUUCAGAGUUUGAAAAUCUAUUCAAGGAAACCUGUGAUAACAUUAAAAGUCACUUGGAUGGGUUAUUGAAAAAGCCUGAGUUGGCUGAUGUUGAAACAGUUCUGUUGGUUGGUGGUUUUUCUGAAUGCUACAUCAUUCAAGAGAUGAUCAAGAAAGAGAUGAAAGACAAACAUCUAAUAUUACCAGAAGAGCCCAGUCUAGCAGUACUGAAAGGCGCUGUGUAUAUGGGUCAUGUACCUGAUGCAGUAACCACUCAUAUUUCAAAUUAUUCCUAUGGGGUCCAAAACUGGCCCGACUUUGAUCCAUCAAAGCAUCCAGAGGAGAAAAAGAUAAAAGUUGGAAAUCAAGACAGGUGUCGUGAUGUUUUCAUGAAAUUUGUCACAAGGGGAGAUAAAAUCAAGCCAGGUCAUCGGAAAUGCUAUAUCUUAGAGGUCAUUAAGCCAGAUGAAGAUAUCCUUCAGUGCAGCAUUUACCUGUCCCAUAAAGCAGAUCCAAAAUUUAUAGAUGAAAAGGGAGUGUCCCAGGUUGGAGCACUGCAGAUUAAACUACCCAAAGUUGACAAAGGUACUUCCAUUGAUAUUGAGGAAGAAAUCUUCAUCAAGGAUACAGAAGUUGAAGUGAUUGCUACUGAGCUGCAUGAAUUUAAGGAAUUCAAAGCAACUUUUGACCUUCUUUCUCCAGAUAUACUGAAAGAAGAAUAAGUCUGCCAAAUUAAGUGAUGCAAAAAAGGGAAAAAAACAACAACAGCAAAAGAAAACUGUGUACAAGGUGUACUGAGAAAAAAAAAUGUUUUUGUAGAAAUUUUGCAAUGAAUAUAUAAAGAAACUUCUUUUUUUACAAAGAAAGUAAACUAGUAAAUUGUCAAAGAUUAAGAGUGAUAUAAUUUGCUUUUGGGAAAAGUUAAAUGGUGUAGCAAAUUUAUAGUAAUCCAUUUUGAGUAAUGUCAGAAAAAUUGCAACACUGUACAAAUGAACUUUUGCUCUGAAUGAACUUGACAAUAUCCUGACAGUGCAUAAUUAAAGAAUAUUUUAUAU